AUGAUCAACACCCAAGUCUUCACCCUCCCCCUCCGCGUCACCCAACUGAUCUUCGCCAUCAUCUCCCUCGGCCUAACAGCCUACGUCGUCCACCUCUGGGCCCCCCUAAACUACUACCCCUGGGACCGCCCCUCCCAACCCUCCUUCCUCCUCUUCUGCGCAAUCUGGACACUCCUCGCCCUCACCUACCUCAUCCUCACCCCCCUCCGUUUCCCGCGUUUCGCGCACAAAUACGCGAUCCUCGCCGUCGAUGCAGUAACGAUGAUCUUCUGGUUCGCCGGCUUCGUGGCGUUCGCUGUGGUGUUGGGGGAUUGGUGUUGGGCUGGGACGGGGAGUUGUGGGGUUAGUCGGGCGGCGACUGUGUUUGGGGCUUUUGAGUGGUUGCUUUUUGCGGUUAGUACGGUGUUGGAUGCGGUGUAUUGUUUUUCGCAUAGGGGGAGUGCGAGUAAGCAGGAUCCUAAUGCGCCGGUACAUGCGAGUGUGUGA